UCUUCUUGUUGGUCCAGCAGAGUCGGAAGAAUUGUACUUGGCGUGCGUUGGCUCUUUGGAAGCAGCAUUGGUUAGAGAGCUUGAGAGCAUGGGGUAUGGAGACAAGAAGUAAGGACCGUAAGAGGUCCUUGGAGUGUACAUCGAGAAAUACAGAAAAAAGAGUCGACUCUUGUGCAGAAACAAACUAUUGUCUGUCACGUGGAGAAAGGGACCAACACAAACAAGGAAAGGGUUUUCGUUUACCUGGUUUGUCGCGUUCUAAGCAGACAAACAAAAAGGAGAAGAAUCUUUCCGAGUUCAACUCACAACCAACAACAGAAGACUUGCAACCCUCUAGUUCGAAAACAAGAGGUACUAAGCGUCACUGUAUAAAGGAUAGUAGAAUUAAAAAGGGAUUUUUAUUCAAAAGUUCAAAGAGGUUGCGAAGUAACAGCUCUGAAAGGACGAAGGAAAUGGCGCAAAGAGGGAACACCGAGGCAAACUCCGACGAAAACAGAAAGAGCUUCGAGUCGCAUAGUUCUUCAAGCUCUGCAAAUGACAGGGUGAAUGUUUCCAGAAGGAAUGAGGGAAUGUCUUCCCCAGAGCUUCACGAAGCAUCCACUUCUAGACGUAUUGCAACAUCUAGCUCUUUGCAUGGCUUACUUAGAAGACUAGGAACCGGUAUUGAGGACUUGUUUGCUGUAGAACGAGGUGUGCGCACUAGUCACUUGUUAGGUUCAAUUCGCGACCCCACUGACGAGUCACAAAGACUGGCAGCUCUGAACGACCUUUGUGAAUAUUUAUCUAUUGGAACAGAGGAUUCUUUGCUUUCCUUCCAAAUAGAUUCGUUCGUGCCUGCGUUAGUGACCCUUCUGGAGGAGAGUCAGUCCCCUGAUACGAUGCUGCUUGCUGCUCGAGCUUUGAGUCAUAUGAUGGAAGUUCUUCCUCACUCGGCAGCGGCUAUCACUCAUCACGGAGCACCUAGUUUGCUUUGUAACACGCUAUUAUCCAUAGAAUAUAUAGACUUAGCAGAACAGGCUUUGACUGCACUUGAAAAGAUGAGUCGAGAAUUUCCAGGUCCGGUUCUUCGUUCUGGUGGCCUACUUGCAGUGCUAUCUUUUAUCGAUUUUUUCUCGACAGGUGUCCAAAGAACAGCAGCCAGCACUGCUGCCAAUUUGUGUCGUUCCGUUACGUUGGAUGCAUUCGACAAGGUAGAAGAGGCAUUGCCUGCAUUGUAUCAGUUGCUGUCUUUUGAAGACUCUCGUAUUCGGGAAAGCGGGAUAACUGCAUUUGCCCGUCUGACGGAUUCUUUUAGAUGGCAUUCGGCUGAACUUUCGAAAAUUUUUGCACUUGGAAGUUCCACAGGCGAGGAUUUUCCUAUUCUUACAAAGAUGAUGGAUUUUUUGUUGUUCGCAAUAUCAUCCUUGUCGAUUCAUACCGUAUCUGAUAUUUUAAACCUCUUAUCAAAUGGAGCUAGGGGCUCUGCAGUUUUGUUGAAGCGUAUUCUCACAGAGCAACGAGUGGGUGAAAACGGACAUGUAAUGACGAUUGUAGUCUUAUUAAAGGAUUUGCUUGAACAAGACAGUUCUGCGACGUGCUCGGCAUCGGAUGUGCUACAACUGGCAGAUGCCCUUGUAACAGAAUCCGAAGAAUACUUGGAUAAUAGCAACCACACUAUGCAAAGAAAGAUAGUGGAACUUUAUCGAAUUGAAGUUUCAUCACGCUUUUCCGAUCAGUCCAGAAGUGAUAUCGAGAGACUAAGAAGGAAUAUGCUUCUUGAGUCACCUGAAAUACUACAUCCAUAUGGUACUCUACUGUUUCCCCAAUUUAUCAAGUUGUUUAAGUCUUCGACCAGUACCGUAGUGAAACGACAGAUUAUGUCUUGCAUGAGAAAGUUUGUUGGAUGUGUUUCGAGUGACGUAUUGAAGACAACCUUGUUUGAUAAUCCUACAGAAAGUAUCAGCAGCACCUUUAUUCCAUUUAUUUCAAGUCUUUUGAGUUUCAAUGGUUCCAAAAUGGAAAACGCUUUUGGUACGCAUUUGGCAGUUGCGUGUAUGAAUAGUUUGAAAGAGUCUUUGAGAGUUCCUUUUGUUCGUGAAGGAGUAUUUUAUGAGCUUCGAAGGCUGAAGGAACGCUGUCAAUCCUCCUCAGAGGAAGACUCAGCAAAUGGAGCUCUUGUGCAGAAUAUCGAUGGUAUCUUGGAAUUCUAUUCAGAGUCGGAAGCAUGUCAAUCUCAGAACCCAUUUUUUGAAUCAUUAAGAGAGAUUGGGCACUUUUUAAGUAAUAUGCCGGAGAUAAAUGUGUGUCCGGAGGAGAUGGAAAAGAAGUUGGAUGCUUUAUUGAGUAUGUUUCAUGGGGAAAAGACUGUUUCAAGGUUUGAAAUGAUUCAAAGCGACACUAUUUCUGCUGUGGUGAAUUUUUUUGCCCCGAAUGGAAACGAUUUGUCUCGUAAACAACGACUCGCAAUGUUUGCUAAAAGUGCAAGAAGAAAUCCAGAAGGUUUUCGAAACCUUAUAGCAAGAACUGUGGAUGUAUUGGCAGCAACUGAAGAUCUUCCAGUCAUUUCCCCUGAUAUGACUGUUGGAACCGCUCUUCAUUUAUUGCAUCAACCUCUCAAGUUUAAACUAAAACAGCAGUCAAGAACACGACACGCAUUUUCAAUCUGUGCUUCUAUAGAGCCUUUAACUAGCAUCCGUGCCAUAGAAAAAUUUGUUGCCAAACGUCUUGAACAGAGGAAUAAUACCAACCUUGGAAGCACCCGAAACAGAAGGUUUCGUUCGAAUACUGGGCAGCGUCUUCCGUUGUUGCGAAAUCAGGGGGAUCCUGAAGAUACGACAGAUGAAGAUAGUGUUGCAGGUAUUGAAGAAGGAUGGGAUUCCGCGCAGGAAAGUUCACAAAGUUAUGAAAGCCCAUCAGAAGACACCACUGUCUACAGAACAUUAUCUAUUGCUGAAGAAGAGGAUGCUUUGGAAGAAGAAGAAGAAGAAGAGGAUAUGAGUGAUUUUGAUGAUGAAGAUGGUACAGACGUAUGGGUUGAUCAAUCUGCUCCGGUCGCUGAUGUCAGCGAAGAACAAGAAGAAGCUGAUGAAGACUUUAGUAGAGACGAAGAUGGUUGGGACACUCUUUACAACGACGCUUUGAGUUCUUCUCUCCCGGCAGUAGAAUUAGAUAUGGAUACGUUGUCUCCUACACGUCCAUGUGCUUUAGGCAAUUCUUUUUCUGACCAUUAUUCGUCCUCCAUUUCGCCACAGCAACAGGAAUCGUAUAUUCGUCCAUCAAAUAGUAACAAAACUGUUGGCGUGUCAUCUCGCUCAAGAAUUUGUAGAAGGAAACUAAGUUUUUUUAUGAAUGGACAUCCAGUUCCUUCCCACUUUUCUGCUUUGAUGUGCGUAACUAAUUUUUUCUCAACAAACUCGGAAACAGAGCCGUUAGUUCCAGAGCCUAGUCUUUGGGAUACCUUUUAUACUCUUGAAUUUAAUGAACAAGUUGUAAUUGAAGAUGAUGAGGAUUUGAACGUAGAGAAGUUUACAGAGGAGAUGCAUUCAGGACAGCCUUCUACAGUAAAAUCUGUCAAAACACCAAAAUACGUUUCGGAGGUUGCAGGAAAUUGUAUAAUGUUGCUAAAUGAUCUUUUCCGUAUCAACAAGUUUGAAAUUCGGGAAAAUGACAGAGUGGAAACAACAGUUUCAGUGCCUAGCGUUGUUGUUUCGGAAGACGUCUUUCACAGUCAUAAACUGUCUUCCAAACUGAUUCGGCAACUUUCGGAUCCCGUCAUUCUUGCUAGUGCCUCUUAUCCACGUUGGGUGCCGUAUCUUGUACGUCAUUCUCCAUUCCUGUUUCCUUUUGAAACAAGACAAUUGGCCUUUCAGUUAACGUAUUUGGGUAUUGCCCGUGCAUUUCGCAAACUCCACCAACGAGCAGAAGCUCUUCACCAACUUCAUCAUCCACGUCUGUUGAGAGGUGGAAGUUCAUUGGCAAGCUUCUUUAGUUUGAACCGUAGGCUUGAUCGUUAUCAAGAUCGAGAAAGCCUUCUUGGAAGGUUACCCAGGCAAAAGGUUCGGAUAUCUAGAAAUUGUAUUCUUCGUUCUGCAAUGAAAGCUUUGGAACUCUAUUGUGAAGAAAAGAGUAUACUGGAAAUUGAAUUCUUUGACGAAGUAGGAACAGGAUUGGGGCCAACAUUGGAAUUUUAUACUUUGGUGAGUAAUGAACUUCAACGAAGUGAUUUGGGAUUGUGGAAAAGUGUCGAUGGUAGUUGUUGUUCUGAGCGUAUAUCUCCAAAGAGAUCUCGUCACCGCAAGAAUCGUGUUUCUUGGAAAAGUCUGGAGAAUACGGAAGAAAAGAAGUAUACACAGCCUCCAGGAAAUGGGCUGUUUCCUAAUGUUAUGGAUAAAGCUGAUCGUUCACCUCAAGCACAACAAAUUUUGGAAUUGUUCCAUUUUAUGGGAAAAUUUUGUGCCAAAGCGUUAUUAGAUGGACGUUUGUUGGAUUUGCGUUUGUCUCCACAUUUUUUGAGAUUAGUUCAUGCAUACAUUGAGCAUAAGUUUUGUUUGGAUAGCGCUGAUAUUUUUCUUUCUGGUUAUGAUCCCAGUUUAGAAGAUUUGGCUCAAGUAGACCCUGCCUUAGCUUCUUCAUUAUACUCUAUGUUGCAAUUGAAGGAAUCGACAAAGAGAGGAGAAGAGGAUCCCAUCGAAAACUUAUGUGUAUAUUUUAAUGUUCCAGGAGCAGAAAAUGUGGAGUUGUUUCCAGAUGGAAGUUGCUGUCCUGUUACUGAAGAAAAUGUGGAAGAGUAUGUUAGUCGUGUUUGCAGAUAUUUGUUAGUAGAUGGAGUAUCUAGACAAGUUGCUGCCUUUUGUGCUGGUUGUGAAGAGAUGUUAUCUCCAACGAGUUGGUUACAGUUUAUGCCUGAAGAAUUUGAGUCGUUGUUAUGUGGACCUAGUUAUGAAAGAUGGGAGUGGAAUAGUUUGGUUGCUGCUACGAAAUGUGAUCAUGGCUAUACUCAUGAAAGUCCUGCCGUACAAUAUUUGUUUCAAGUAUUGUCUAAAUAUAAUUUAGAAGAACAAAGGAUGUUUCUGACAUUUGUGACUGGCACUCCUCGACUGCCUAUUGGAGGUCUAAGCGCUUUGAAUCCUCGUUUAACUAUUGUGAAGCGAACACCAGAAGCUGGACGAAGUCCCGAUGAAUGUUUGCCUACUGUCAUGACGUGUACCAAUUACUUGAAACUUCCUCAGUACUCUUCUUAUGAAAUUGCCAAAGAACGGUUGGAAUAUGCUAUUCGAGAAGGUCAAGGGAGUUUCCAUUUAUCUUAGUUUUUUUUUGGAUAGAAGAAGUCCCAUUAGGAUCAAUCUAUUGUUGUUGUGAUAGUAGUAACAGCUGUGAUUUGUGAGUAUUGUGUGUGUGUUUGUGUUGUUUGUGUUGUUUAUUUGUGUAGAGAAAAAACUUUUUUGCGCAUAACUUUUUUUCUUGCACAAUCAUAAAUAGAGAUGAUGAAUG